AGAGAGCGCACAUUUGGCGACAACAACAUUGACAAUGUUUUAGUGGGAUGUACAGUAGAGUAUUAGAGUAGACGUGGGUCGGUCUUUAGUUCACACUUGAGGAAGUAAUUUGGCCAGCCCAUUAGCGCGGCGAAGACAUUUGACGUGUGGAUCACCGUUGUUUGAGUUCACUUGGUCACAUCUCAUUGACGUGGUUGGAUUUCGCCAGUCACGAAUCGACACUCGACGACCAACCAACCAUCGAUGGAUCAGAAAUGAAGAAUCUCCAACUUUAUCUUAUUGCUCUCCUCCUGCCAAUUUAUGCUUCUGGCAAGCCUUUCCCAAACGGCCUUCAUGAACGGCGGCUGGAUGUUGUGGAUUGCUCGGUGAGCAACUUGGUGCCUUCACUCUCGGAUUGCCACAGCUUCUACCAAUGUCACAAUGGGCUCGCUUUUCGCCAAUCUUGUGGGUUCCUGCUCUUCAACCCAAUCAGCCUGCACUGUGAUUGGCCUCAAACGGUCACCCGGAUCCGAAGUGAGUGUCGCAAAACUUUCGCCAUUUUUCCAAACUCCAAUGAAGUGCCUGUCAAAUGGACAAAGCGACCUUCUCAGACUCAGGCAAGUGUAGCGGGACCUCCCAAGGAUGCUCGGCCUCGAAAAAUUCAUUCUGAAGAUUCUUUCAAUCCAUCAAAUGAAAAAGCACUGCGCACCUCCAGCAAGACAACAACAACAACAGGAACCACAACAACAACUACUACCACUACUUCCACAAAGACUACAAAUACCACUAGUACAACCCAAACCAAAACAACAAUAACAACAACAAAAACAACCACUAUGACUACGUCAACAACGAAAAGCCUGACAGCCAUUAAACCCAAUCAAGUGAACACCACCAUUGAGCUUGUGGAGGGCAGGGAUCUCCCCAUUCAAGAGAACCCUCCUCCAACUCCUUUAAGAAACCGCUCCGAGUUGCCGUGGAGUGUUUCCGUGGUCAAACCAGGAGAGUCAGACAUUCUCUUUCCUAACAAGUUCUUUGAUUCUGGAACAUUCAACUCGAUCAAAGACACAAUGAGAUCUAGUGCAAGUCAAGAAGAAGCCUCUGCCAAAGGCAAAUAUAAAAACAAAAGCAGCCGCAGCAACAAUGGCAGCAACAAUGGCAACAACAACAACCCAAUUCCAAUCACAAAGAGCCCUUUUGAUGUGGAAUACAUGGAUUACGAGUACGAUAUGGAUGCGGCCGUGGAAGAAAUGGCCAAAGCCACCACCCCAGCGGCUCUGAAAAUGGAAGAUGAACUGUUCCAACUGAUCUAUGAGGCUCAGAGCCAGGAUGAGACAAUGGAAACUCCAGGAAAAAUCACAGAAGACGACGACUUUCCAUUUGUAGUUUCAACCCCGACAGCUACUACCGCCUCACCUUAUAUCUACGAUCCAUUCUAUCCUCCUUUCGAAGAGCUUCCCGAUCCUUUGGUGUUUUCGCCAACUUGGACGACUCCGACCAGUAACGAUUUACCAAAUGGUUUAAACGAUAACCUGAUAACCAAUCCAGUGGUCAUCACACCUGAUCACCGAUUUACCAUUGAAGAGCCAUCUCCUCUAGCCCAACCAGCCACAGCCACAGCCACAGCCAAUGGCGACGACAUCUUUUCCAAAUUGGCGGGUUUGGGAACAUCAAGUGGAAUGACACCGUUACUUCACGCUUUUAAGAACGAAAUGCACAAGCUCAUGAGCCAUGAUCAGGUGCACGACGCUGCCCACCACGUGCUAGACAACAUUGGCUCCAAUCACAUGGUUCAAGAAGCCCAUCAACAUGCUCAAUUCACUGAAGAUCAGAUUCAAUCCAUUUUGGCCAUGGCAGCCACCAAUCCCGCGAUAAAUAGUAUGAGCCAAGACGUCCUCAGCCAUCUUUCUGCGGAACAACUGAACCUGGUUGCCGAUCGGAUUCAAGAGUCUGCAGUCAAGGCCGUUCAAGCCCAGAUCAACGAGGUUAUGGAGUCCAAACCAAUCGCAGAUGUGAAGAAGGAAGUGGAAGCAAUCCUUAAAAGCGAACCUCUGGCCUCGUUAGGCCGAUACAUUCAAGACAUCGCCCAAACCAAUCCUUUAGAUGGCGUUGCUGAUCAAGUGAAGGCUGUGGUCCAAAGUCCCGAGGUGCAAGGUCUUCGGAACAAAGCUAGCGAUAUUUUGAAUAAUGACGAAAUUAAGCUAAUGGCCAUCAAAGUCUACCAAAUCCUCCUCAGCAAACCCGUGCAAAACUUAUCCAAUGAUAUUCAACGAUCUGUGGAACAAAAUCUCAAGAAUCUAGGGACCGGCGUGGGUACGAUCCUCGAGAGCCAAUCCCAACACAUCGACGCUUUAAGGCAACAGAUGACGAAAACCGGGCGACAAGUCUCAGAUGGUUUGAAUGGUCUUUCCUCGAUGAAGGACGAAUUGCUUCAACAUGGUGGCCAAAUUGUUUCUAGCGUGGCUGGACUAGGCCAAGCAGCAUCUGACAUGGUCUCCAAAACUGGCCAAAUGAUAAAGGCCACCAUCGAUUGUCCUUGUCAAACCCAGGGCUCUGCACACUCUUCCCCGUCUCCACCCGAGCCUAGGGCCUUGCUUGAUGAUGCCGAUACAAAAGAUCGAAAUGGCAGCCCCACAGCCUUGAUACGAGAUGUGAGCACGUACUUCCCUAUUCUGGACGAAGAAGGCGACGAAGUUGGAGACAAAGUUAAGGAGGAGAGUUCCUCUUCCGUGUUUUAUUUCCCCUUUGUUCCCAAACAGUCAAGUACGACCAAAGUGGCCCCCAAGCAGAUGGCAAAUUGUCUGAAUCACUUCCUAGAUUGCCUUGACAACAUCAAAGCCAACGAAGAGCAGCAAGGCCAGGCCAAUCCCGGCGACAACAAAAGUUGCCAAGAUCAUUUCCAAGAAUGCAGCAUGAGUAGAGACAACAGCAGUAGCAGCAGCAGCAGCAACAACAACAACAACAUCAAGAAUUCGCCAUAGUCAAGUAAUACGA